AUGGCUAACGAUCCCGUUGUUGCUCAAUUAUCACCUUCUCAAGUUCAGGAAAUUACAACAGCUUUCAUGGAAUUUGAUGUUAAUCGUAAUGGUGUUAUUACAGGAUCAGAAAUGAAAGAAUGUCUUCGUCGAUCAAAUAUUCAAUUUCAAGAUGCUGAAGUUGAUCGUGUUAUUUCAAAUAUGGAUACAAAUCGAGAUGGUACAGUGUCAUAUGAUGAAUAUAUGAAAUUUAUGGCUCGUGUUUAUACUGGACACUACAAUCAAUUUCAAGUAGGGCCACCUUCAGGAAGUAACCCACCGUAUGGUCAAAAUCCACCACAUGGUCAAAAUCCUCCAUAUGGACAAAAUCCUCCAUAUGGUCAAAAUCCACCAUAUGGUCAAAAUCCACCAUAUCGUCAAUAA